AGCGUUAGUAGUUUGAGAAACGGCACCUCGUGAACAAUGAUACCCAAUUGGCUAACCGGAGAGUAUUUGCAGCCCAAACUGAGGGCUUACUACAAGGAUGAUCAGCUGAAGGUCCUCAAAGUCUGGGCCAAGCCAGCAACUGAAAAGGGCCAGAACUACAUAAGCCUCAUGACCCGUAUCCAUGUGGACAUUCAAAAGGGCAAUGGAAUUUUUCAGAAUAAAACCUACAUUGUCAAGGAAGCCCUGACAGAAAGUGUGCCCCAGGCCAAGGUAUUCUUGGAGUACGAUGUGUAUAACCGGGAAAUGGAUAUGUACGAGUUCAUGCUGCCCAAGAUGAAGCAACUUCUUCUAGAAGUUGGCCUCACCGGCAAGUUUACUGCAGAUACGAUUUUUGUAGACAGGGAAUAUAGUACCGUGAUACUGGAAGAUCUGGCAGAGUAUAACUACGUGAAUGCAGAUCGAGUGAAGCAGCUGGAUCUGGCUCAUACGAAAUUGACUCUCGAAUUGUUAGCCAAGUUCCAUGCCGCAUCCAUAGUCGUAAAACAACGCCAUCCCGAACUCCUGACCAAAAGCCUUUAUACUAAUUUCUUUUCGCGUGACAAAAAGGGCUACACGGAAGUGUACAAGGGAAUCUUAUCGGCCUUUAUAAGGUUCAUAAAUGGACAACCAGAUUUGAAGGAAAAGUAUGGUGAUAAAGUAGAAAAGCUGCAUGAAAACAUAAUGGAGUAUGGAGCUCGAACCUAUGAAGUUGGAGAAUACGAGUUGCUGGCGUUGAACCAUGGUGAUUGCUGGACCGCCAACUUUAUGUAUCAGUACGAUGAUGCGAGUAAUCCAAAAUCAGCCAUAGCCAUAGACUUUCAAUUCAGCAACUUCACUUCACCUGCCAUCGACUUGCAUUUAUUCUUCACCGUCUCGGUGAGGGACGAAGUACAGGACAUGGAAUCCGUUCUUGUUGAACAAUACUACAGCCACCUCAAAACGAACUUAGAACAUCUUGCUUAUAAGGGUAAAUUUCCCAGUCUUCAGGACUUUCAGAAACAGUUCGAAAGUCGUCGAUUCAUGUGUUUAUUGGCCCAUCUCUUCAAACCUGUUAUUAUAUACGACGGUACUGAAGUGACCUCAGACUUCUCAAGUGUCUAUAAAGAUACCGAGGAGGGCAUUCGGUUCCAGAAUGCUAUCUAUGCCAACGAAAGGGUGCUGAAAAGUGCAACAAAACUAUUAGACACGCUUGAUGCGAAGGGUGUUUUGGAUAUUCAGUAGGCUAAGAAAUCAUAUCAUAAUCAUAUAAAUAAAAUACAGCUGUGGCAACAAAAAGGCAA